AUGGUCUCGCGAUCUGACCAACUGGUGCCGUGCCGCGCAUGUGGGAAGACGAUGGUUCGAAAAAACUUGACCGAUCAUCUGCGAAAUGUUCACUUGUUUACGAAUGAGCAGGUUAACCAACUGAAAAGUGACACGAAACGGAGAAGUAGAAUUGCAAUAUCUUGCCCCAUAUGCGGUGAAUCUUUCUUCAAUCAAUUUGCCUUGGCAAGGCAUUGCCACAGAUUGCAUAGGAGCGAUGGGGAUUCGCAAGACUACACUCUCUUCACUGUGGUUUGCGAUUCGCAUGCAGAUUUUGAGAAAUGGCUAGCGGAGCAGUGCGAACGGACGUGCACAAGUUUUGUUCGUCGAUCGAAUCGGGCAUUAUCCUGGAGGAGGAAUGUCAUACAACUUGAGGUUUCU